CUGGCAAAGUAUUCACGGACCGCCCUACAACGGAUGACAGUAUUCGCCUGUUCUUCAGCUUUUUCGGAGUAAACAGAUUUCGGAUAGGCAGAAUCAGGAAGGGACAAGCGGACAGGAGGAGAGGAGGAGACAGGGACAGGAAAAAACAAAGAUGGCAGUGUAGAUUAAGGGACGGACUAUCGAUGAGACUGCAUCAAACGGAUAACUUUCUGGUUUUCGGGCGAAUCCGGAUCGUGUCGUAGUGGUUCGGUUUUGUUCGGGAGGUGGACCGGAUGCGAUCCCGGCCGGGUACAGAAGAGUCGCCGUGCGCGUGCUGUCACGGCGAAUAACGGCUCUAAGCAACAGCCUGUUGUUUUGUUGAGGCUUAGGAAAGCCUUUUUUCUGUCUCUUUAUAAGCUGUGAGCGAAAGCUAACCUGUGAUAUAUCCCAAAAAAAUAUCAGAUCCCCCAUCCUUACAGGCCAAAAUAGCUUGGAAAAAACUGGAAGUCUCACUGACAAUCAGCGAAUCCUGUGCUCGAACAGCCCAAGAAUCCCCCUCUGACACAUUUGGAUCGGCCUUGGAUGUCUUCGAUGGAAGAGAGGAUGGAAUUAGGCGUCGCAGCCGCCCCGGGCUCCUCGUCUGCGGGUCUGGGUGUCGGUUCGGUGGGGGGCGCCUUGGAUGCAGGUCCGGGAAGCGCAGGACUGGCAGGGAUUCAAGAGGAGUCUGUCGUGAGGAGAGACGGUUCAGGUACCGAGGCCGACCCGGACGCGCCGCCCAAGAAACGCGUGAGACAUCUGGAAGGUGAAGCGGGGAAGCUCGAGGAGCGGCUGUACUCUGUGUUGUGCUGCACGGUGUGUCUGGACCUGCCUAAAGCCUCUGUGUACCAGUGUACAAAUGGGCACCUGAUGUGCGCUGGCUGUUUUAUCCACCUGCUUGCUGACGCUCGUCUAAAAGAGGAGCAGGCUACGUGUCCUAACUGCCGCUGUGAGAUCAGUAAGAGUCUGUGUUGCAGGAACCUGGCGGUGGAGAAAGCCGUUAGCGAACUGCCCUCUGAGUGCAGCUACUGCCUCAAACAGUUCCCUCGCUCCAACCUAGACCGCCAUCAAACAGAGGAGUGCCAGGACAGAGUGACACAUUGUAAGUACAAGCGGAUUGGCUGCCCAUGGCAGGGGCCUUUCCAUGAGCUUAGUGCUCAUGAGGCAGAGUGCUCCCACCCCUCUAAGACUGGCAUGGAGUUGAUGGGUAUACUGGACGAGAUGGACCAUAGCCAUCGCAGAGAGCUACAGCUCUACAACAGCAUAUUUAGCCUGCUGUGCUUUGAGAAGAUUGGUUUUACAGAAGUGCAGUUCCGGCCAUACCGCACCGAUGACUUUAUCACGCGACUGUAUUACGAGACACCACGCUUCACAGUGCUCAACCAAACAUGGGUGCUGAAGGCGCGGGUCAACGACUCCGAACGCAAUCCCAACCUGUCUUGCAAACGAACACUCUCCUUCCAGCUCAUCCUGAAGAGCAAAGUGAACUCUGCACUGGAGUGCUCCUUCCUGCUGCUGAAGGGCCCGUACGAUGAUGUGAAAAUCAAACCUGUCAUCCAGCACCACGUCUUCUCCAACGAUGCGAAUGAAACCGAGUACGCUCUGCUGCCCAUCAGCGACAGCGUGGAGUGCAACAAGCUGCUGGCUGCCAAAAACAUCAACCUCCGCCUCUUCAUCUUUCAGAUCCAGAAAUAGAGGCUUGAGAUGAUGGGACGGAAGAAAUGGAUCAGACAAGGGAGGGAGGGCAUAGCAUGAACAAAGAAGAGGAGAUGGAGGCGAGACAAGCACCACGGAACCACAGAUACCUCUACAGGAGCAAGAAAGGAGACGGAUGAAGAAAUACGGCCCAUCAGUUCUGCAGUAGAUUGUUUGUUUGUGUGUGAGUGUGUGUUGUUGCUGGUCAGCUUUCAGACCCUCUAUGGCCAAAAAAAUGCCUUUUUAAUCCACAAUCUCUCCCAAUUCCCUGCUGAUCUCUCAUUGGCAGAGCAAAACAGGUCUGCAUGGCCAACACAAAAGAGUCGGUGAAUGUAUUUGUGUGUUUCCUUGAGCCUGUUUGACAGUCAAGACCAAUGAUGAGUAAUAUCAGGAACGAGCCUGCUGUGUGCCUGAAUGAGUGAGUGUACUUCUGUAACAGAGAUAGGGACAGGUUUGUCAGAGGUGUAAUACAGCCUAUCAUUCAGGCAAUGUGUGUAUCCACGCAGUGUUCUGUCCCGAUCGAAACCUUACCCACACAGACACUGCAGCACAGAGGCUGCAAGCAACUGCUUUAAGUGUAUUUUUGUAUGUGAAGGUAGCCAUUUUCAUUGAAGUGCAGUAAGGCAGUUAGGCUGAAUAAAAUGGCUGCCAACCACAUAACCUGAAUGCGAUUUUGCAUGAUUUUAGUUUUUCUCACUUUUAGUUGAGUAGCAUUGUAGCCCUGUAAUGUAACUUAAGUUUGACCUUAUUAACACAUUUAUUUAAAAAAAAAAACAAAAAAAAAUGUGAACCUUUUUUCCUCCUGUGAUUUUUGUUUUUGUUUUGUUUUUUUCCCCCCUCUUAUAUCAUGUGUCCUUUUUAACCCCCCAGCAGUUUGUGAACACAAAAGUACAUUUCUCAAAUUCUGAUGUCAUAAUGCCAUAAGCUAAGUCAUCAAUAUUUAUAUUUAUUGCUUUCAUUUAACCUGCAUUCAUUAAUGAGGUAACAUAGACUUCACACUCUCCACAGUGAUACUGGAAAGAUCUGAUUGUGAGCCACUGUUACAGAUCCUUCCCAUUAUCCACCCCCCAUACAUACAUACACACACACACACACACACACAAUCUUCUUUUAUACCUUCAUUAAAAAUGCACACAUACAAACACAAUCACACAGAGCUGGGGGUACACAAGAGCCAACAGGGGUAAUUGGAUCUCAUUUCAGAUAAACUGGGCUGUGACUUAACAGUUUAGACACUUGAAUUAUGAACGACAGAACAACAAACACAGUUGGGCUGAUCAAGCAGAGAUUCACUUCUGAUUAGAGGAGUUUAGUUUAAAACUGUUUCUGCAUUUAAAAGCUUUUAAUUCUCACAUUACACUCUGGCUGUAUAUGUGCCUUUCUAUUAAAGCUCAUUUAAACUUA